AUUAACUUUCAACUGCAUGUAAGGUAUAUAAACUUGACACACAGCACUGACACAAAAAGCGAUAUUAGGUGUUCAAGAUGAAGAUGAGUCCUCUGCUUGGUGUCGUGCUACUGCUCCUCUGCUCACAGAGCCGUGGGGAGGAUGGACAGACCGUUGUCCAGGAGACCAGUUUCCAGGGGAACAGCGUUGAGGAGACCAGUCCUGUGGAAACAAUUGUCCAGGAAACCAGUAUGCAGGAGAGCAGUGUCCAGGAGAGUGUUGCGGAAGAAAGACACCUUGGCUGUGCUGACUGGGUGGCGACAGAGCUGCGAGAGCUGAGAGAGACUGUGUCUGCCCUGAAGAGACAAGUGGAGGAGGGGAAGGUCACAGAGCAAGUGGCGUUUGGGGCAGCACUUGGCCCUGGUGGACACCGGGGUCCAUUCAACACUGACAUCACUAUCAUCUACCCGAACGUCUUUGCAAAUGCAGGGAACGCCUACAACCCCAGCACCGGUAUCUUCAGUGCACCAGUGAAAGGGGUCUACUACUUCAGCUUCUCAGGCCACAGCUUGUCAUCCAGGCCCAUGGGUCUCCGCCUUAUGAAGAAUGGCCAACAAAUGGUGACAAUGUACAACCAUGUAGCAGGCAACCGCUAUGAGACAGGAACCAACGGCAUGAACCUGCUGCUGGAGGAAGGAGACCAUGUGUAUAUGAGGCUGAGGGCAAACACAUGGAUAAUGGAUAAUGACAACAUGCACAGCACCUUUAUUGGUCAUUUGCUCUUUCCCCUGUGAGACAUGGCUUAUACUCGUGGGCUAAUUAAAUCUUAUUAUUAUUUUUAAAAGUUAGCAUUCAUGGUUCAUUAUUUUGUUUGUAUGUACUGUACAUAUACACAAGCAAUUUUUCUUUCUGACAAUGUGCUCUUUUUGUAACUCAGUAAAUAUCCUGUGUAACUAUUGUUUUAAAUUGAAUGAUGUUUUAACAGUCAUUGUAUUGCAUGCAUUGCUGCCUU